GCGGCGCUGCCGCUGUGCGAGCCCCGGCCCGGCGGCGGCAGCAGCGGCUGAGGGAGGGUCGCGGGGAUGGAGGAACCCCUCUGCUGCUGCGAGUACGUGGACCGGAGGGGCGAGAGGAACCACCUGGCGGCGUGCUGCUGCGACUGCCAGGACCUGGACGAGGGCUGCGAGAGGUGGCUGACGUGCCGACCUCUGCCCCCGGGAGCUCUGGAGAGAAUUGCCGACAGCGUCGCGGACCGGGUGCGGGUCCCCUGGUUCGCAGGGGCCGUGAGGAUCAACGUCAGCCUCGUGCCGCCUCUCGUGCUGCUGCCGGUCUUCCUCCACGUUGCCGCCCUGCACUUCCUGCUGGGGCUCGUCAUCUUGACGUCUCUGCCCGUGGUGGUGCUCUGGUAUUACUACCUCACCCACAGGAGGAAGGAGCGGACCCUCUUCUUCCUGAGCCUGGGGCUCUUCUCCUUGGGCUACAUGUACUACGUGUUUCUCCAGGAGGUGGUUCCCCGAGGCCAUGUGGGGCAUUCCCAAGUGGUCGCUCUCACCGGCGGGUUAAUCCUUAUGCUUGCAGCCCUGUCCCGAGCCAAGAAGGACCCUGGCUACCUUCCCCUCCCAGCGAGCGACCAGCGGUCAUCGCACCAGGGUUUGCUCAGCAAGAGCGUUCGAGGGAGCUCCAACGGGCUCCAUGGCGUCUCCACCUCAGGAGCUGCCAGCGGCCGUGCUGUGAAUGGGGAGACCAAAGGCUAUUCCAGGAUGUCAGCCGAGGAGCCAGAGGGUGUGAAAAAGGACUGGUGCACUAAAUGCCAGCUGGUCAGGCCAGCCCGAGCAGGGCACUGCCGGCUCUGCGGCAGGUGUGUAAGGAGACUGGACCAUCACUGUGUCUGGAUUAACAGCUGUGUAGGGGAGCAGAACCACCACGCGUUCAUCCUUGCACUCUCCUUCUUCAUGCUCACCUCUGUGUAUGGGAUUACGUUGACCCUGCACACUGUCUGUAGGGGCCGAACUCCAUUUGUGGCAUUGUUCUACUGCCCCGGAGCCUACUCUGACUACAGCUCUGCUCUGUCGUUCACCUGUGUGUGGUACUGUGCCAUUGUAACAGCUGGCAUGGGAUACAUCCUCCUUAUCCAGCUGUUGAACAUCAGCUACAACGUGACUGAGAGGGAAGCUCGGCUGGCUCUGCGGGACAACACUGGGCGCAGGCUCCUGGGUGGGUUAGUGAUAGACACUGGCCAGUAUAACAGGGGUUUCCUAUGCAACUGGGGCCAUUUCUUGAGCCUGGGGUCUUCUCCUCCACAGCGCUCUGCUGAAGACAUCGUGUGACACCCCUCUUUCUGCAGAUGACGUUGACUGACUUUCUUUAGCGGGGGAACGGCCCCCUCCACUAGGACUCCUUCCUCCCACACCCUUCCUUCGCGGUCGGUGUACGGACUGCUUAUCCCAUCACCGACAACAUCAGAGGCUUUCCCGGGCAGAAUGGUUCUUCUCGUGCUGUCAGCCAGCAAUAGGAUGCAGAAAACAGUAAGCCAUAUGCACAAACCUGGAGAGAAGGAGCCUGCUGCCUUUUUCCACUGUGGGAAGCUUUGUGCAGCUCAGCUCAGCAGGAAGAAGAGCACAAGGUUUUGAGAACUUGAGUUUUUGUUAGGGGUGAAUCCUGACAUAAAGAGGAACCCGCUGCUGGACUUCAGAGCGUGCACUGAUUCCUGCAGAGGUUAAGGAAUCCCUGGCUCAUACCUGCGUGCGACAUUUCAGAGAUGUCAGGAGGAUGAACUUUUAAUGCGGGUAACAGAUGGACCACCACAGAAGCCAGGCUCUUUGUCUAAAAGGGACUGUCUAGGCAGUCACUGAGCAGCUCCCUCCUCUCUGGUGUAUUUAUUUAUUUUUUUCUAUCUUCUAUUCCAUCCUGCUGUAUACGUGCUUGUAUUAAGUGCCUUUGUGAACAGCAUUCCUGUAGGGAUUUAAGAUCCCUUGGCCUCUUGAUCCCUACAGUUGUUAUUCCAUCCCCAUCUGUCUGAUGGGGUGAGAAGACUUCAAUCUCAUUGUUCUUUCUGUGAGCUGGGACUGUGUUGGUUUGAAGGCUUGGCUCAUGUCCCUCAAAGUGUUUCUGCUCUGAUUACGGACUGUGACGUGAGACAGCAGGUAAAUAUACCAAAUAAGGAGAUGCUUUGAAGCAACAUGUAACAGUGGACUGUGAGGGAAAAAUAGGAGUGCUGUCUGGUGUUACUGUAGCUUUAUGGAAACCACCUUUCUUCCUUCCCUCUGUGGGAGGAAGGAGUCUGUGGCAGAGUAGACAAUUUGAAGAGCAGCACUUUUGGGAGGUAUCAUCUUUGUUGGUUGUGUUGCUAAUAACAUAGUGAUCCUAUCUCCUCCCAACCCGGUCACGGUGGAGCUGCCUGACUGUAGAUCGAUUUUUCUGAAGCCAGGAAGUCAAGGGACAGUUUAGUUUUUGCAUAUGUAGGGAGAGGAUGUGUUAGAGCUGUCUGGUUUGGGGAUAGAUGACCUGCACUGGCCGGUGAAUGGAUGUAUUAAAUGUGCUCUGCAAGAAUGCCACUUGUUCCUCAUCAGCCUGCAACUGUAUUAUUGCCUGGACUUGAGCUUCAGCGGAAAUCACAAGGUUUUGGUGGUGAUGGUUUCUGCUUUCUGUGGGUGGGGUAUUUUUUGUUGCUUUUUGUUUUAUAAAUCCUUAGUGUUUGGCCCUGCAAUAAUACGAAAGGUCUGGCUGGAAGAGCCUGGGACCAUGGCACAAGGGUUUUGGGUUGGGCCUGAGAUGCAGGAGGAGGGGGAAGAGCCUUGUCGUAUCUACUGAUGAUUAGAUGUGUGUGCAGUGUGCAUAGAUCAUACCAACCCCUGACACUGCUUCUGUAGCAGGCAGCUGGGGGAUGUUGGCCGAGUGAUGCAAAUGCAGUGUGCACUGCCGUGCACUGUCUCUGAAGAACGAAUGGAUGGCGUGUGGUGCCACAAGGUAGCAGAGUUAGGGAUGUCCCUUGAGAUCCCUGCUGUAUUCGGAGUGUGUGCUCCUGACUGCAUGUCCUACUUUAAGGUGAAGACCAUGUCCCUCUUUGCACUGUUUAGUUUCCUCAAGUGGCACUUUCUAUAAGCAGCAGAUAAUUGAGGAGCAGCUGCACUUGGAAUGUGGCUGUGCAGAAAGAGUUACUGAGUAUUCCUUAUUUCCUCUUACCCCUUUUCAUCCAGUGAGCAGCCCUUUAUAAGGAGGUAAAGGGGACUCCGCUCUUGCUUUCUGCCUCUAGCCAAACACACUCAGAGGUUUCUGACCACAGGCACCCAGCUGGGCUGUGCUAAUUGUUCCUCUGUGACCUUCUGACUGGAGCUUGGAGCCUGACCCUAGGAGUUUAAAUUCACAUAAAGACCUUGCCUCCACAUGAGUUGUCUGUAAAUGUUUCCAUGGCACAUAUGCGUUUUGUGGUGCCUGCUGAGAUGAACUGGAGCUUGGCAACCCUGGAGAUGAGGAUGCUGUGGGCUAGCAGGUUUGUGAUCUUCCCAGAUCUCGUCCUGCUGGCGCUUAGGAAGAUUAAGGCAGAAUGACCUUCUGGGCUAAAUGAGCCCCUGCAGUGGAGGUAGCCAACCUCUCUGUGCCUGUGAGCUCCAUGUGCAAAAUCAAUCAUGCGCUCGUGAGCUGAAGGAGCUCUGAGUGCUUAGCAGGUUUGAGAUAAGUGGUUUCUGAGUCCCGCUACUCCUGGCUGGGAGAAAGCAGAGCAGAUCGCAGAUCAUUUCCCUGGCAGUGCCUGACCCUGUUGUGCUCACUUUCUCCCACAGGCAGAGAUUAAUUACUACUUUGCAGCCUGUCUGUCAGUGUAGCCUUGUCCCGUGUCUCUUAGUGAGCUCUGGUGUGGGAGAUUUUGUGUGAACUGCUUACACUGAGACUUUCUGGGGUGUUCUCCCAGGCAGCGUGGAUUUUGGAGUGCAGAUUAGGAACAAAAGACAUUGGACUGAUGUAAUCACUUCAUAUCUUGGUCAAGCUCGCUCCAGUGUAGCGGGUGUAAAGUGCUGAAGUAAAUUUUAUUUUUGCACUCACUCCAGAGGGAACUGGAACCAUUCAGGACACUAAAAGGGUUGCAAGGCUGGGUUUCUUUAGGAGGAGAAUGUAGUGCUGAUUCCCCAGUGAAUAGGAAGUUCAAGUGGCUGUAAUCUGCAUAGCAAUGGUGACCUUCUUUAAGGACAUGUUUUCUGUUUACCAUCCUGGCUUCUUCCUGAGAGGAUUUACCUUGUGAAUGCCUUGGGAGAUGAGAAACAUGAAGUAACAGGAUAUCUAAAAGGGUGGAAGAGUUGGGAGCUUCAGAUGCCUACUUUGGAGCUCUCCUUUUAAUAUCCCUUUAAUAUCCCUGAGAAUUAGCAAGAAGCCUUUGAAGGGUAAUGCUCCUUUUGUGCUUAUAGCCAGAGCAGUCUGUUGUGAUGUCUUGUGCACUAAAGGACAACUUCUUUUCUGAGUGUUUUCUUGCUGAGCUUGUUGGCCGCACUGGUAGAAAAAUGUUAGAACCAAGGCACAAAGAAUCAGUCCCCAGGCUCGCUGUUAGUGGCCGCCUAGAUCCACACUGCCUGGGUGUGGGAACGGGCUGCAUUUGACAGCUGACUUGUGGGUGGUGUGUGCAGCCUUGAGGCACAGACCAGUGUCUCACCUGUUACACGGUGUGCACGUACCUGGCAGCACAGAAAACAGUGCCCUGCUGGCCCUUGAAAAGUUUUCCCUGUGUGAGAAGAGAGGACCCAGAGCUGGUCAGAAGCAGGGAGGGAUUUUGGUAACAGCUGGCCUUGAUGUUUCUCUGCUCGGACUUGGAAAUUAGUUUAUCCUGCUUUAACCUUCACCUUUUAAGAGGCAUAUUUUUAUUUCACAAAUAGCAUGGACUUCUGCAGGCCAGGGUUCUGAUGUUGCUGCUGUUGUAUUGUUAAACUCGCUGUGUCCAGAUGCCAACACCCUACUGUUUGGUGACUAUGCUAACAACUGUGCACCAUUAGAUACACCCUGUAAAUGGCAGCUUGGCACUCCUAACUAUGUCUUCUUACAUCAUACGUUUUUGUAGGCAAGUCACAGUUCCCCACAUCAACUGUUUCUCCAUUUAACUUGUCCUCAAAUGACAAAAGUCACUGGUGAGCCUGAGCUGGCGCUGCUUGUGACUCCUAAUCACAUUUCAGCCUUUGUGCUAUGGUGGUGCUUUUUUUUUUUUUUUUUUUUUUUUUCCCUUCAAAGCAGGUUGCUUUCAAGUGUCUUAAUGAAACCAUUUGCUGUCAAAUUUCGGAAGAUAAAAUGGAUAAUGCCUCACUGCCUAAUGUCUUAAUAAUGUGCUUGUUUUUUUCCUUCUAUAUGAACGUAUAUUGCUUCAUUAGGGCAGGAAGCAUGUGUGAUUAUGGAUGUGUUUUCCUGUAUUGCUUUCGGUGAAGAACACUACAGUUUCCUAGGAUUUUGUUCCACUACCAGGAUGUUUGUACAGCAAAACUCUUUCUGCGGACAGGUGAGGUUCUUUCUGAAAUGUGGGAAUUCAGCCUCCCAAGAUACCAUCUUUAUGGAACUCCUCUAAUGAUAAUGUGAAGAAUGAUGGGCUCUGGAAUAACUGUCUACCUUGGAGACUGGGGUGGGUUUUUGGUUUGUUUGUGUUUUUUUUUUUUGUUUUUCCACCCUAAGUUUCAGGGAGAAACUUUGUGAAACAUAUUUGUGAGCUUUGUUGAAAGGACUGGGGGGGUAUGUGUGUUUGUGUCCAUUUUGCAUCAUAUUCGGUGUUUCCAAAUGGAUGCAAUUAUGAAUCAAAAUAAAUUAUUAGAAGUGA